AUGGCAACUCAGGAGGGUAAGGACCCUGGUUCAGUUACUACAGUCAGAUUGAAUCAGAAUAGGCCUACGCCUUUGAGACUCAUUCAAUUUUGCUUGAUGUUUUUGGUUCUCGGUCUUGGGAUUUCUAUUGUCAGUAUAAACAUGAUUCGGUUUUUUGGAGUCCAAAAUGUUGGCCCCGUAGCAAGGUCCAAUAUCAUUUUCCCUUGCUUUGAAGAGUCGGAUAGUAUAGAUAAGUGGAUUAGGCCUCCAUCAAACCUGAUGCAUAAGAUGAAUGACAGAGAAUUGUUUUGGCGUGCUUCCUUUGUUCCUCGGAUUAAGCAAUAUCCUAUUAAGAGAGUGCCGAAGAUUGCCUUCAUGUUCUUGACAAAAGGGCCAUUGCCUUUGGCACCUCUUUGGGAGAGGUUUUUCAAGGGGCACGAAGGCCUUUAUUCGAUCUAUGUUCAUCCGUCGCCGUCUUACGUUGCUGAUUUUACACAAUCUUCGGUGUUCUACAAGAGACAAAUCCCAAGCCAGGUGGCACAGUGGGGGAUGAUGAGUAUGUGUGAUGCGGAGAGGAGACUCCUCGCAAACGCAUUGCUUGAUAUCUCUAAUGAACGGUUCGUCCUAUUGUCCGAGUCAUGCAUUCCACUCCACAAUUUUAGCAUUAUCUAUCGUUACAUAACAAGAUCGAGAUACAGCUUUACGGGUGCAUUUGAUGAUCCUGGUCCAUAUGGAAGAGGACGCUAUAACUGGAACAUGCAACCCGAGGUCACACUUGAACACUGGCGCAAAGGGUCUCAGUGGUUUGAAGUAAACAGAAGACUAGCUGUCAGUAUAAUCGAGGAUGAUAUCUAUUACCCAAAGUUUAGAGACUUCUGUCGACCAGGAUGUUAUGUGGAUGAGCACUACUUCCCUACAAUGCUUAGCAUCCGAUUUCCACAGCUGUUGGCAAACAGAAGUCUUACUUGGACAGACUGGUCAAGGGGUGGGGCUCACCCUGCUACAUUUGGGAAGUCCGACAUUACAAAUGAAUUCUUCGAGAGGAGGUUUGCAAGACAAUCAUGCCUGUAUAACAACCAACCGAACAACGUUUGCUCUCUUUUUGCAAGAAAGUUUGCCCCAAGCGCUUUAGAACCACUGUUAGCCUUGUCCCCCAAAGUUUUGGGGUUUUAA